AUGGCAGCAACUACUCAAAAGGAAGCCUGCCAUGGCUAUGAAAGUGCAGGAAGACAUAGCAGGCUGCUUCUCCUGCAGGAAGAAGAGGACGAAUCCUACGACCAGAAGAGUCUUGCUGAGCAGGCUCGGGGUCUUGACGAGAGAUUCCACACAGCGAAGUCUCACUUCAAGGACAGAGUCUUGUAUCUUGGUAUGUUUGUUCAGGCCAUUUGGAGACUCUAUAAUGAAGUUACAAAGAAAACAGCCACACUUGGACGAAUUGACUCCAAGACUCCAGAGUUUGUGGAGAUUAAACUUCUGUGGGAAAAAUGUGGUGAUGAGAUACCUAUCCUUGCUCGAUCUGCCUGUCAGGUGUUGGUGCGUUUGGUAACUGAUGGAAACGCUGACAUCCUGUUCAUUCUCAACGGACUCCUGAACCAAGUACCCUCUGCCAGAUCCCUUCUGGGAAUUGUGAACGGGAUUGGUGAACUGCUGGUCCUUCAGAUUGCGCUUACUGAAAACCAAUGUCAAAUGUACUUAUGUCCGUAUCGUUUAAGAGUUAUGGCCCUUGAACUACACGAUUCUGGAAAUUUUUGCAAAAAAGGUAGGGACUUCCGACCGCCUGUCACUAAUCCCAGCAAACUAGGUGGUGCUGUUGGUUGA